AAGGAUAAUGAAUAUUUGAAUGACAUGAUUCAAAUUGCUCGAGCUAAACUGCAGGCAGCCAGGGACCAGAACGCCAAGCGUCUGCACUCGCCACGUGUUUUGAAAACCAGAUCUGAGGGUUCGAUGCAGAGUGCUGUGAUGACUGUGGACUGCAGCUUGGAAGGACGUAAAAAGAAAACGCAAGACCACCAUGCUGCAUCGGGAUCUGUGAAUGUAGUAGAGGAAGCCAAUUUCCAAAAGCUGAAGAAGAAAGUAUGCUGCUUUGAUAAAACUUGUGGACAGAGAAAUGUGGGCACUGAAGGAAGAGUUGAAGAAUGUCACGGGCAAAUGUGGGAAGCAGAGAUCACUUGGAGACACCAGGUACCCUGCCUUCCUCCUGACACACUGAGUCCUCAGCACCUGAUGCAGACAGUUACUGUGGCCCUGAGAACCCCUAGCCAUGGGGUGUUUCUGGAUGUGCUGACUUCUAAGAUUGCUCUUGCUGCGAAGAAGGCCCAAGACAACUGGCUCAGGGCUCAGGAGCUGGAGAGGGAAAAUGCUGAGUUGAGAAGGGAGAAUGCCCACCUGAAACAAAGACUGGACAUAACCUGCAGAGAGAGGCAGGCAGAGGAAUACAUGAGGCAGGAGCCUACCCCAGGAGGGCCACACAGGCUGCCUCCUACCCUGAGAGAUUCAGGACCUGGUGCAGCUCUGGUGCAGAACGGCAACUCCUGCCCUUCUGAGGCGGCCAUGGAGGCCCAGGUUCCUUUUGAUGCAAGAGGGCCCCAUCCUUUCCCUGGGCCACCUCCACCUGGGCCCAUCUUGUGCCCUGUGCAGCCUCGCCCACCACCACCAGCUGCUCCACUUGAUGGGAUGUCAAUCUACAAAUUUGGAAACGACAAAGAAUCUUCUGAUAAGAAGGACGGGGCGAUUGAGAUAGCAAUUGAAGAACCAGAAGAUGUUCCUGAGACUACUGUAAUCGCCCCAGAGGAACUGAUGGACCAUAACACAUUGACCUUUGUUGACGGAGCCCGCGAAACUGACGUGUGCGAUGGCUUAUCAGCUUUUGAUUUUGAAGUAGAGAGAGAUACAGAAUCCUCUUCUCAUUUGAAGAGUAUCUCUGAGAGUCGACCACAGAAGUGUGUGGAUAAUUCAUCUGGAGAUGCAGGUCAAACAGGAGAAAAUACAUUAAGUGAACAAAUAGAAGGUGUGUCUUAUAUACCAUCUUGUACUAAUGGAUCAAGAAACUUUGAAAUGACAUGCGAGACCACGUCCACCCCGACAGCACGGGCCCCUCAUUGCUCCGCCGUCGCCACCGGGCUGCACCACCACCAGUUUGCCGUGGGUAAUGACAUUGCUGCGCUUGUGGUCGACAGUGGCUCCGGCAUGUGCAAGGCCGGCUUUGCAGGCGAUGAUGCCCCCCGGGCCAUCUUUCCCUCCAUCGUGGGACGCCCCCGGUACCAGGGCGUCAUGGUGGGCAUGGGCCAGAAAGACUCCUACAUGGGUGAUGAGGCCCAGAGCAAGAGAGGCAUCCUGACCCUCAAGUACCCCAUUGAGCAUGGCAUCGUCACCAGCUGGGACGACAUGGAGAAGAUCUGGCACCACACCUUCUAUAAUGAGCUGCGUGUGGCCCCUGAGGAGCACCCCAUGCUACUGACCGAGGCCCCCCUGAACCCCAAGGUGAACCGUGAGAAGAUGACCCAGAUCAUGUUUGAGGCCUUCAGCACCCCAGCCAUGUAUGUGACCAUCCAGGCCGUGCUGUCCCUGUACACCUCUGGCCGCACCACUGGCAUUGUGAUGGACUCUGGUGAUGGGGUCACUCACACUGUGCCCACCUAUGAAGGGUAUGCCCUCCCCCACGCCAUCCUGCGUCUGGACUUGGCUGGCCGGGACCUGACGGACUACCUCAUGAAGAUCCUCACGGAGUGUGGCUACAGGUUCACCACCACGGCCGAGCGGGAAAUAGUGCGUGACAUCAAGGAGAAGCUCUGCUACGUCACCCUGGACUUGGAGCAGGAGAUGGCCACCGCUGCCUCCAGCUCCUCCCUGGGGAAGAGCUACGAGCUGCCCGAUGGUCAGGUCAUCACCGUUGGCAGUGAACGCUUCUGCUGCCCUGAGGCUCUCUUCCAGCCUGCCUUCCUGGGCCUGGAAGCCUGUGGCAUCCACGAGACUACUUUCAAGUCCAUCAUGAAGUGUGACGUGGACAUCCGCAAGGACCUCUACGCCAACACGGUGCUAUCCGGCGGAACCACCAUGUACCCCGGCAUCACCGGCAGGAUGCAGAAGGAGCUCACUGCCGUGGCCCCCAGCACGGUGAAGGUCAAGAUCAUCGCGCCCCCUGAGCGCAAGUAUUCCGUGUGGAUGGGCGGCUCCAUCCUGGCCUCGCUGCCCACCUUCCAGCAGAUGUGGAUCAGCAAGCAGGACUACGACGAGUCCGGCCCCUCCAUCGUCCACCGCAAGUGCUUCUAGGUGGACUGAGUUUCCUUCCACCGUUCUCUUGACAAAACCUAACUUCGGUGGAAAAGGAGAUGAGAGUGGCCUAGCUUUGUUUUGUUUUUUUUUAUUUUCUUAAAAAAAAUUUUUAUUUUGGUACUUAAGAUUUAAAAACAGUGAAGGUGACAGCAGGCAGUUGGAUCAAGCAUCUCCAAAGUUCUACCUUGUGACCGAGGACUUUGUACAUUUUUUAAAAUAGUCACCCCAAAUAUCCUGAGAUGCAUUGUUACAGGAAGUCCCCUGCCUUCCCAAAACUACCCAACUUCUCUAAGGAAGUCCUUGCAGAAGCCCACACGGGAGGGUGAUAGCAUUGCUUUUGUGUAAGUGAUGUUCUGCAAAUAAAAAAAAACUUUACCUUAAUACCUGUUUUUGUUUGUUUUAUUUUGAAUGGUCAGUCCCCCUUUUUUGUCCCCAAACUUGAGAUGUAUGAAGGCUUUUGGUCCCCGUGAGAGUGGGCUGAGGCACGGAGGCAGCCAGGGCUUACGUGUACACUGACUUGAGACCAGUUCAAUAAAGUGCACACCUUAAAAAAAAAA